UAUUUCUUUCUUCUUCUUCCCCAAAACACCUUAAACCCUAAAAAAAAAAAACCUCAAAAUCUAGCAUUUUUUCUAACACAUUUCUCAGCAAAAUGGGGAAAAAGCAGCAAAAAAAGGUCCAAAAUCAAGAAGAAUUGCUGAAAACAUUGGGAGAUUUCACAAGCAAAGAGAAUUGGGACAGUUUUUUCACUAUCAGAGGUUCAGAUGAUGCUUUUGAAUGGUACGCAGAGUGGUCUCAGCUCAAAGAACCACUUCUCUCUAAUCUCACAAUUCCAUCAUCAAACGAUGCCGUUUCUGCAAAAGAACUGCAAAUUCUUGUUCCGGGUUGUGGCAAUUCGAAGCUCUCUGAGUAUCUCUAUGAUGAGGGGUUUUGUAAUAUUACUAAUGUUGAUUUCUCUAAAGUUGUUAUUUCGGAUAUGUUGAGAAGAAAUAUUCGGUCUAGACCUGUUAUGAAAUGGCGCGUCAUGGACAUGACGAAUAUGCAGUUUGCCAAGGAGAGCUUUGGUGCCAUUCUCGACAAGGGAGGAUUGGAUGCUUUAAUGGAGCCUGAGCUUGGAUCAAAGUUAGGAACUCAGUAUUUGUCUGAGGUUAAAAGAUUGCUAAAAGUCGGGGGGAGAUUUAUUUGCCUCACUUUGGCAGAAUCUCAUGUAUUAGGUUUACUCUUCCCAAAGUUUCGGUAUGGGUGGAAGAUGGGGAUUCAUCCCAUUGCUCUGAAACCAUCUGACAGGUCAAGCCUACAGACUUUUAUGGUGGUAGCCGAGAAAGAAAAUUCUCCUGCUUUGUGCCAAAUAUCGUCAACUGUUGAUCAGUCGUCCUUUGGUGGUCUAAAGAACCAGGUUCAUGGACUCUUUCAAGCACUUGAAGAUGAAAAUAAAAUACGUGCAGAUUAUUCCAGUGGUUCUGAUAUAACGUAUGCACUAGAAGACUUGAAAAUCGGAGUUGAGGGAAAUCUGGCAGAGCUAUGUCCAAGUCGUAGAGUUCAGCUUAGUUUAGGUGAACCUGGGGUUUCCCUUUUCUGUUACAGAGCUGUGCUUCUUGAUGCCCAAAAGGACUUUGGACCUUUUGCAUAUCAAUGUGCUGUGUUUCUUGUACCAAAGACUCGAGCUCAUGAGUGGCUGUUCUCUUCAGAAGAAGGACAAUGGGCAGUUGUAGAAAGCUCUAAGGCUGCUCGUUUAAUAAUGAUUUUGUUGGAUUCUAGCCAUUCAGAUGCCAAUAUGGAUGACAUUCAGAAAGAUCUCUCUCCUCUGAUAAUGCAAUUGGCGCCGGGAGAUUUUGACGAUGAAGCUCAGAUACCUUUUAUGGCUGCAAGUGAUGGAAUCAAGCAGCGAAAGAUUGUUCAAGAGAUCACAUCUCCCUUGACUGGUCCAAUAAUUGUAGAUGAUGUGAUCUAUGAGAAAGUUGAUGACAAUAUUAGCCGCCUCUUUGCGUCUGAUGAUGUGAUAUUUCGUCGCCUUACUUUCCAAAGAACGGAGAGUUUAGUUCAAUCUGAGGCUGUGCUAUCAAAAGAAGGAUCACCGAAGUCUGUAGCUGAUAUUAAUCAGAAGACAGGCCAGUCAUCUUCAAAAUCCAAGAAAGGAAAUCAGAAAAAAUCUGGGUCUAAUGUCUCGUCAUCUGAUGGAUUGAGCAGCGAUUUGAAAGUUGACCACAGUUAUUUGGCCAGUUCAUAUCAUACUGGAAUCAUCUCUGGUUUUACAUUGAUAUCUUCUCAUUUGGAUGGUUUGGCAUCUACGGGAGGCACGGUGAGAUCAGUAGUAAUUGGUCUUGGAGCAGGAUUGCUUCCCAUGUUUCUAUGUAAGCACCUGAGUUUUGCAGAGAUUGAGGUUUUGGAGUUGGAUCCUGUGGUUGUAGAUCUUGCUAGAGACUAUUUUGAUUUUAGAGAUGAUGAACGAUUAAAGGUACAUGUGACUGAUGGUUUGAAGUAUGUCAAGGAUGCAGCUCAUGCAGUUACCAAUGGUUAUGAAAAUGAUGUUUCUGAGGCAAAGGUCCCUUCUUCCAAUGGUAAUUCCAUCCCGUCUAGUGCACCACUUAAAAACACAGAAAAAAUCGACAUGCUCAUUGUUGAUGUGGACUCUUCAGACUCGAGUUCUGGUUUAAGUUGUCCUGCUGCGGACUUUGUUGAAGAGUCUUUCCUUGUGGCAGCAAAAGAUUCUCUUUCUGAUCAAGGUUUAUUUGUCAUAAAUUUGGUAACAAGGUCACAAGCCAUCAAGGAUUCGAUUUACUCCAAAUUGAAGUCGGUAUUUCCUCACCUCUUCCACCUUCAGCUGGACGAAGAUGUCAAUGACGUUAUUUUCGCUCUCAAGACGGAGACAUGUAUCACGGAAGAUAAAUUUCAUGAGGCUUCUCAACAACUCACAAGAUUAUUAAACCUAGAAAACUCCCCAUGGGGCCAAAAUAUAACAGAAGCCACUAGCAAGAUCAAAAGGUUGAGAUGAUUUACACACUGAUGAAUGCCAUCAAAUACUGCAGUCUAGGGGCGAAGCUAGAAGCCGAUGUACGAGUUCAGCUGGAACUAGAACCCAUAAAGUUCAAAUCCUGGCUCCGCCUCUAUCCAUGCCCUGCUGAGGCUGCCAAUAGAACGAUGCACUUCUUCUUUUUAAGUACCUCUACGUUGAACCACGGAUUAUCCCCGUGCGAGUUUGAUAUUUACAUGCCUUGAGAUUUAUAAGAUAUAGUAUUGAAAUUGCUAUGUACAUUGGAUAAAUUUGAUAUGUUUGUCAAAGUUAUGUAAUGUGUUUAUAUGUAUCUUGUUA